CAGGGAUUAGAAUUUUUUUCUUCGAAUCAGAGCUUUUUGUGUUUUUAUUUUCGUUCGUCUUCUCUCUCUCUCUUCUUCGUUAUCACUAUGUGAAAAAAGUGGUGAUUAAAAAGUGAAAAUCCGGGUAAAAACUUUUUUAAAAACUUCAUCACUCUCCGAUUUUUCAGUUUUCGCUUUUAAAUGUGCCUAACAUUUAGUGCCGAACACUUCACUAUCGUUAUUUCGUAGUUCAGCGAAUUCACUUUCAACAUAAUACCAUGAGAAGAUUUUUCACACCGCUUCAGCUUUUGAAGCAACACAGCAGCCGAGGUGUAGCUCAAGCUCAACCAACUAACCUUAAGAAAAUUCCGAAAUUCAAUCCUCAAAAUCAAAACCAUCUCGCUCAAGCUAUAGCCGAAGCAUCGAUGAAUCAAAAUAAAUUCAUGAGAAAGGAGUACGACAGAGAAACGUUUGUAAAGCAGUUCCCUAGAGCAACGGCUAUUCUGAAUAUAUGUAAAAGUUACGAACUGAAUGAAGAAAGCAUCAUGGGUGCGAUAGAACGAAAUCCCGAUGUAUUAGAUUUUGACCUUUCGAAUAUUUCGGUGAUUCUUCAUCAAUUCCAACAACUCGGUUUUGGUAGAAAUGCUGUUUCAACCAUAAUUUCGCAAUAUCCUCACGUCUUGCAAUACAAAGAAAAUGAUUUAUCAAACACUAUGGAUGCCUACCGAAAAAAACAUUUUGGCGAACGAUUCAUUAUCAAGCUAUUAGUUUCGUAUCCGUUGCUGUUUUCACUAAGUGAUGAGGAAAUUAUGAAUAGACUUAGUAGAAUCAAUUACUUGAUGCAAAAUAGAAUCAGCAGAACAACUAAUUUAUUACUGCGUAAUCCUUCGCUCAUGUGUUGCGAUUGGAAGGAGGUCGAAGAAAAAUACGAAUAUUUGUACAAAACGAUGCGUGUUGUUGAAAAAGAUAUUAGUAGAUCGCAAGCGCUGACUUUACCACUAUCACAUACCAUACUUCGACACACGUUUCUCGAUCGAGCUGGUGUAUACGUCAGACCUACGUUGAAGGAUGAAAAAAAGGGUUUGAUUGAUCGCAAAAAUCCAUCUUUGGCGGAUAUAGUUGAUACGAACGAUGCGGAAUUUGCGCGAAGAGUGGCCAAAGUUUCAGUUGCUGAAUUUGAAGUUUUCAAAACCCUUAUGCAUUACGAAGAUGAGUUGGAAAAUGACGAAGAUGAUGAUAGCGAACUAAAUUUAUCUAGCGAAUUUGAUGCAGAAUCUAAGUAGUUUAUUGUUGUGAAAAUGUUUUAAUGUUCCAAAUAAACCAUUUCUAAAAAUUUUUA